AUGGUUGUGAUGCACAAAAUGUCUAAAACAGCUAAGAAAUCUUCCUGGGUCAAGAAGCGUCGCUCAGAGAGCAGCCAAGCAAAAUCACAACAACGUCAGCGACGUAAGAGUAGCCUUUUCAAGAAAGCGGCGGAAUUCAGCCUGGAGUGUGAAUCCGACGUGGUCGUCGCAAUUAGGAACCGGAAAACCGGGCAGACAUAUAUCUUCGAUUCAUCAUCGCAGGAAGAGUGGUUAGAGGCGCUCCCUGGGUUGGCAAAUUCCUAUCCCGCUCCAAUCCAUCAGACAAUUGAGGAUAUCGUACCUCAGCUCGGGGAGCGUUCACCAUCAUCUCCGGUUGCCUGA